AUGGCCAACACGUACAUGGACGGCGAAAUCUUCGAGGAAACGGCGAAUGAGUGAGUUUUCUGAUAUUGUCCAUUCGAGCAGAAAAACCGAAGAUUUGAAUGUGCAGUGACGGAAAGCAAUCGAGACGCGUCCAAAUAUAAUUUCCCCUCUUUUUUCGUUGUCUUGCCCCAUCUUUCAGCUCCUUACGGACUAGUCUUUCACAUUUGGAAAGCUAGUCCACGAUCCAUAAAGUUGUAGUUUCUAGAAAGAUCCAGCAUUUCGAAUCCGCAUAAAUAAUUGAUUCGUCUCGAAAACAUCCAAAGUUCUCGAGCAUUUAUCAUGCAUUUCUCGCUUUGAAUGAAUAUUUUCACGUUCGAAGACGUCCUAUGAUUCUGUAAUGUUUUCUAGUGGAAUCUUUGCAUUUGUAGUUGACAACUUUUUUGUACGACCACGUGAAAGAAGCCCAACUUUGAAGCGCUGCAGUAGUCUUUAAUGUUCUCGUACAAAAAAGUUGUCAACUGAAAAAAUGACGCGCUAGACAUGGAGAUUUCCCAAAAAAAAUUUCAGAAUCAUAUAACGUCUUCUCGCCGUGCUGUACCAAUUCUAUUUUUAGUUAGAUAUUUGAUCAAUUGUUUCCGGUGCGAGAGUACCCAUAAAUAAGCGAACAGUUAGAGAGAGAGAGAGAGAAAGAAGAAGAAAAUAGUUUCCAUUUGAUAUUGUUUCUUCCUGUUUUCAGUACCUCAAUGCUGAAUGCGACCGUAAUCGUCGACACGUGGAAUGGGACCACGACGACUGGGAUCACGACGAUCUCGCCGGAACGCGAGAAGCUCUACGAGUCGUUGGUGUGAGUUGUCUGGCCUAAUUUUUAUGGAAACUAUAGCCACGGCUUGCGUACUGUCAUAUCUCAACUGUUUGAAAUUAGUACUCAAAUCAAUGCGUCUAACGUUCCGUGAUUUCCAGGCUCUCUGGCAGUGCGAUCACGUUCAUCCUCCUCGGAAUUCUCAUUUUCUACUUCAUCAAAACGUCGCGUUGGUACCGUCAAUGGUGGAAUAAUCUGCGGAGCGAGAAGUCGGCGAAACGGGCGGAGAAGGCAAGACUGAAGGCGAAGGCGGAGAGGGAGAAAGAGGACGAAGAGGACGAGGAGGAGUACUCCGUCUGA